GCCAUCGGGGAGGAAGCGUGGGGGACUGAGCGAAAUGCGCGUCCGGGGUUUGAAUGCCGCCGCUGCCACUUAUUGAGUGAUAAGGAAGUAUUUUUGCACACGCACGCACGCGAGUCCCAGCACUUCUGUCUGUAAAAAUAAGUAUCGGAUGAGCUGUGUUGGCAUGGAGGACCUUAUAGCUCGCCCACCCCCAUUUCAUAGAUGGGAAAACUGAGGCACGGAAAGACCCGUCUUGCCAAACAUCCGCAGGUAGCAAGCGGAAGCUGCCCGUGACUGAAGCCAGUACCUGAAGCCAGGUACUUUCCACGGUACCUCGCAAGACCUGGAUCAGUGAAAAAUCCAUGGUAGAUAACAGCAAAAGGAGACAUGAAAAUCAUACAGCUGCUCUCUAGCCCAUCCCUGGCAGGAUCAAUAGCCAUAAAACACCUAAAUCCAUGGGUGGGCCCCAAUGGAACUAGAUGGAUAGGUCAAGGAAGGAGCCUGGCAUUUCAGAGGGACGCAUGGCAGCUACUCGGAUGGAAGCAGCCGUGUGGGAUGUUGAGACUAUUCAGUUCCUCCCUCCCUAAACUCAGUUCUAAUGACUGGACCCAGAAAAGAAUAAACAGCAGCUCUCCAGAGCUCAUUGAAUCCUCUUCCCCAUCCCAACUGGACACAAAUGGAUAUGAAGAAGAAGAGAACUUUGGGACCCUGUCUGACAAAUAUUCAUCCAGAAAAAUAUUUCGUAAAACCACUGCAGACUUUCACAACUUAAGGCUUCAAGAACAUGAGGAUGAAGAAGAUAAGAUACUGCAGAAGCCUUGGAAGGGUCGGAGGAACACCCCUCAUUGGUAUUUCUUUCAAUGCAAGAGGCUGAUAAAGAAGGACAAGUUGGCUGAGGCCCUGGAUCUCUUCGAGAGGCAGAUGCUGAAGGAGGAACGUCUCCAACCCAUUGAGUGUAACUAUACAGUGCUGAUUGGAGGCUGCGGUCGGGCAGGCUACCUGAAGAAAGCCUUUAAGCUCUACAAUGAUAUGAAGAAACGGGAUCUGCAGCCCACUGAUGCCACUUACACGGCCCUAUUUAACUCCUGUGCCGAGUCGCCAUGGAAGGACUCUGCCCUGCAGAGUGCCUUAAAGCUCCAGAAGCAACUCCAGGCCAAAAACAUCCAACUAAACUUGAAAUCCUAUCAUGCGCUACUGAAAGCUGCUGCCUUCUGUGCUGAUACCAAGCUGUGUUUCGAGGUCUUCAAGGAAAUUGUACUCAAAGGUCAUGCUAUCACCCAAGAAACUUUCAAUUUCCUGUUUAUGGGCUGCAUUCAAGACAAGAAGACAGGCUUCAGAUAUGCCUUGCAGGUUUGGAGACAGAUGUUGAAAAUGGGGAUUAAGCCUGAUGCUCACAGUUACAAUCUGAUGCUGUGUGCAGCACGGGACUGUGACCUAGGGGACCCCAAAGUGGCUUCAGAUUUGCUUUUGGGUCCAGAAGAGGAGCCAGCCCUGCUCCAAUUGAAAGCAGGCAAGAGGCACCAAAGGAAGAAAAUACAGAAAGAGAAGGCUACCUCAGCCAAGCUGGAUAUGGACUCACUGGAAAGGCAGCUAUUCCAGGGAACUUCCAAGGACGCCCAGGAUCCUCCAAGCCUCCAGAAAGCCAGAGAGGCCAAUGAGGUACAGCUGGAAGAUGCCAAAGGAGAACUUGAUUCCAAAUCUACUAAUUCCCUGGUAGUACUAAACCAAAGUCUGAGCAGGCUGGAGCCCACGAAAGCUGAUCUCACCCAAUUUUCAGAGCCUGUUUGCCCCCUGCCAAACUUACUGGAUCUCAAGGUAUCUCACCCGAAUGUGGUUUCUCUAGGGACUGUUACUACUCCGGCCGACAGGUUGUCUUUAAUGGGUGAGAUGGAUGGCUUCUUGAGGAAGAUGAAGAAGGACCACCUGGAGCCUAAUAUCAAAACUCUAACACUGUUGGCUGAGAUUGUCCGGCCUAACAGUCCAUCAGAAUCCUCUUUGCUGGCUCUUCUUGAUAAGUACCAGGUGGAAGCCGAUGUUACAUUUUUCAACACGUUGGUGAGGAAGAAGAGCAAAUUAGGGGACCUAGAAGGGGCAAAGAAGCUGCUUCCCAUCUUGGCAAGGAGAGGAAUCAUCCCCAACAUACAGACGUUUUGUAACUUAGCCAUCGGCUGCCUCCAGAAAUCACAGGGAAUGCAGCUACUCGGGGACAUGAAGAAAUGCGGGAUGAUACCUAACACCCACAUCUACAGCACCCUCAUCAAUGCAGCUGUGAAGAGGCUGGACUAUACUUAUCUCAUAGAGAUCCUUCAAGAUAUGAGGAAGACCAAUGCCCCAGUGAAUGAAGUCAUAAUCCGACAGCUGGAGUUUGCAGCUACGUACCCUCCUACAUUUGACAGGUACAAAGAGAAGAAUACCUACUUGGAAAAGAUCGAUGGUUUUCGAGCUUACUAUACAAAGUGGCUGAAAGUGAUGCCUGCAGAAGAAGCCACCCAUCCCUGGCAGAAAUAUAGGAUACAACCUAAGAGUGACAAAGUUAAUGAAGAGGAGAAUAACGAAACCAAAGGCAUAAAAGGCAAGAAAGAAUAGAUACCUUGAUGAUCUUCUUGAGAGGACUGACAAUAUAGACAAAUUUUGGGACGUGUUGGAAAAACCCAGAAAUCCCAGAUCGUUAGAUGGUUAGUUGUCCCACAAAGGAGCUGUAGUUGAAGCAACAUGAACGGGUUCAAGUGUCUGACAGUCAUGACACUUUGCCCAUAUCCAGUAUUUGUUACUGGUCAAAAUGUAACUGGGGUCUUAGUGCAUUAACAAUACUACUGCAUUUUAGAAUGCUUUCAAUAAACUUUAUUACAUACCAGCUGGUUGUACCAGCUUUUGUUUGCUGAACUAGCAGCCUUAUGUAAAAAAAUUAUUAUUAACUUGCUAAUCUAGUCUGAAAAACUAUAUAAUUGGACUUAUAAAAAUUAUAACUGUAUGAAAAAUUAUAAGCUUAGAAAAAUUAUAAUUGGGCCGUAAG